UAAUAAAAUGGUUUGAUGGUUUUAGAAAUUCAAAUUCAUGAAACACGUGUUGUGUCGGAGGUCAUCGGUUAUAAAAUGUGUCCGAGCCAACUCUCUGCGCCCAUUCUGCUGACUUGCGUGACUCUGUCUCCAGCUCCGAUGGCUAUCGCUCCUCACCACCUCUGCCGUCUCCCAUCUGCGCGAUCGGACCUUGCCUUGCCCGAGAAUCUCCCUAAGAUCGGAAGUCUUCGAUGCCGGAGGCAUCUCUCAGUCCAGUGCUCCGGUGAUUCUUCGUCAUCUUCCAUGGCUGUGGACUCCGAUUUCGACGCCAAGGUGUUCCGGAAGAACCUCACCAGGAGUAAGAAUUACAACCGCAAAGGGUUUGGUCACAAGGAAGAGACCCUCGAGCUGAUGAAUCAGGAGUACACAAGUGACAUCGUUAAGACUUUGAAGGAAAAUGGAAAUGAGUAUACAUGGGGUAACGUUACGGUGAGGUUGGCUGAAGCCUAUGGUUUUUGCUGGGGAGUCGAGAGAGCUGUUCAAAUUGCCUACGAAGCGAGAAAACAAUUUCCUACCGAGAAAAUAUGGAUUACCAACGAAAUCAUUCACAACCCAACUGUUAACAAGAGGCUGGAGGAGAUGAAAGUGCAGAAUAUUCCGGUGGAGGAAGGAAAAAAACAGUAUGAUGCUGUAGACAAGGGUGAUGUUGUGAUUUUGCCUGCUUUUGGAGCUGCAGUGGAUGAAAUGAUGACUUUGAGUGAGAAACAUGUCCAAAUUGUUGAUACAACUUGUCCAUGGGUUUCAAAGGUUUGGAAUACUGUUGAGAAGCACAAGAAAGGAGAGUAUACCUCUAUCAUACACGGUAAAUACUCCCAUGAGGAGACUGUAGCAACUGCAUCUUUUGCGGGAAAGUAUAUCAUUGUGAAGAAUAUGGAACAGGCUGAAUAUGUUUGUGACUACAUUCUUGGUGGUGAACUUAAUGGAUCCAGCUCAACAAAGGAUGCCUUCUUAGAGAAAUUUAAGUUUGCAGUUUCUGAAGGCUUCGAUCCAGAUACUGACCUGAUAAAAGUGGGCAUUGCUAAUCAGACAACAAUGCUCAAGGGAGAGACUGAAGAGAUUGGGAAACUAGUGGAGAGGACAAUAAUGCGCAAAUUUGGUGUGGAAAACGUCAAUGAGAACUUCAUAAGCUUCAACACAAUUUGUGAUGCUACUCAGGAGCGACAAGAUGCUAUGUACAAGCUGGUGGAGAAAGAUAUGGAUCUAAUGUUGGUAGUUGGUGGAUGGAACUCCAGCAAUACCUCGCACCUGCAAGAGAUAGCUGAGUUACGUGGAAUACCUUCUUACUGGGUUGACAAUGAGCAAAGAAUUGAAGGGAACAGGAUAUCAUAUAAAUUAAAUCAUGGCGAACUGGUGGAGAAGGAAAACUGGCUGCCAAAUGGUCCAAUAACAAUUGGUGUAACAUCUGGUGCAUCCACACCAGACAAGGUUAUUGAAGAUAUUCUUGUCAAGGUGUUUGACAUUAAACGUAAAGAAGCAUUGCACCUCGCGUAAGUGGUUCCGCUAGAGCUUCGUCAAAGUAUGAGUGAAACGAGAUGUAUUGUAUUGCUCAUGGUAUAUUGCAAUCCCAUGUACUCUGAAACUGAUCAACGUGAGCAAGUCUUGACUACAGAAAUCUUAGAAGAAGUUUCUUUGUUUUUUUUUAAAUCUUGUUGGUUAAAAAAAAAAAAAAUCUUUGAAGAAGUUACCUGUUAAAGUUAUGUGUUUUUGGUGGUAGCUGACAGAAUCCAGCCCAAUAACACAAACUGCCCAAUGUAGCACGUUUUUUGAGUUUUUGUGGUCCAAGGCAAUAAAAGCAAAAAAUUCUUAGGAUCGCGAUUGAUUUGA